UCGAGUUAAGGGCCGGUUCCGGCGGCAGGGCGGGACUCGCGGUCUCCCGUCCCUCCCGGGGUGUGUGUGGGGGGAAUAACAUGAAGAUUUUUUGGGGUGAAAGCGCAGAAAUUAGCGAGGAGAGGCGCUAAUUUGGGUAAACUCGGUCACCGGAAGUAGAGAGCGACCGGAAAUCCUCCAAGGCCCCCGGCCCUGGGGCACCCAUAAAAAUGAUGUCGAAAUAACUAAUGAGAGACGCUUGCAACAGCUAUCAGAAGUGCACACAUUUGAGGCUUUGGAUAGUGACCCAAUGCUAGUGAAGUUAAUUGAUGCUCAAGUGUCCUGUGGGUGGUAGAGUUGAGCUGAAGCUUGGAGCUCAGGUGAUGCUAGCAAAGAAUCUGGAUGUGUCUCAAGGGCUGGUGAACGGGGCACGAGGCGUUGUUGUAGGAUUUGAAAGUGAACAGAAGGGGCUGCCUAAGGUGAGGUUUCUCUGUGGGGUCACACAGGUCAUAAGAAUGGAGAAAUGGGUCUUCAAAGGACCAUCAGGAGUUCACCUGAGUCGUCAACAGCUGCCUUUAAAGUUGGCAUGGGCCAUUUCCAUUCACAAGAGUCAGGGCAUGUCUUUAGAUUGUGUGGAAAUCUCCCUGUCUCGUGUCUUUGAAAGUGGGCAGGCUUACGUAGCCCUCUCCCGAGCCCGCAGCCUUGCAGGUCUCCGUGUUCUGGAUUUUGACCCAAAAGUAGUGAGAGCUGAUCCUUCUGUGCUGCACUUCUAUAGACAGCUGAGGCGUCAUCAGCUUUUAACCCAGAUUAUAAGGAUGUUGGAUGGAAUUUUUUAGCUAAACUACUGACUAGGAUAUAAUGUAUGAAAUCUGGUUGUAAAAGCAAAAUAAGUUAAUAAAAAAAUCUAAGAGUAAA